GUGCCUCCCCCGCCGAAACCUAUGUGUGUGCUCGGGCCUGGCCCUAUCCAUUCUCUGGGAAACCUCGCCUGUAAGCAGCAUCAGCUACCUUUUCCUAAUUUCCCACCCAGACUGCAAAGCAGACCACGUUCUUCCCUGCGCCGCAACGGAAUGGGCUUGUGUCUGUUGAUCCGGGACGCCAACUGCCGACGUGGUAACUACCACUGUCUUUUGAGUACUGUGUGACCGAGACGUUGUGGUGAUAUAUGCCUGUAAGCGAGUGGUGUCCGUCAGCAUCCCAUCGACUCACACCUUCCAUCACGCAACAACUCAACGCUCUCGCAUCUAGACCCUCGCAUCAGGAGUUCACCCAUGGGUGGUUAUGGUUGCAGGGAUUCAUCACCAACAAGUCAAGCCAACAACACCACCACCAUUACAACGAAGUGCCCUCACCGAACCUCCAAUUUCAGCGCCCUCACCUCAAAAGUCCCAAUAGCUCAAACUCGGCAUCCGAGAAGCUCGCUUUGCCCCCAGUCCAUCCAUCACACGAACAAAGCCACACAGUUUUCGCAACCCGAAGCGAAAAAAAAAGCAACAGCGGAACGAGCCUACCUCCCCAGGCCGAAGGGGGUGGGUGAUGGGGGUUAGAUGUAACAGACAAGAAAGUGAUUCAUCACAUCUCCCAUGUUUUGCUCUCAGGGGGAAAGAGAGGGCAAGCACCGACAAUACUGUGAUGAUACAUAGGUACACAGGCCGAAAUGCACGUCACAUGGGGAAUAGAUGAGAACUUGUCGAAUACCUAUCUACUCGGAGCUCCCCAGCUGUGUAGGUCUAUCAUCGGCUCUGACAAACCAGGUCAAACUGUUUGACCCCUCUAUCACUCGAUAGCAGCAAUUUUGGACCUCC